UUCCCGCAAACAAACGCGUUGAUCCUUCUUGUAAACUGCCGUGGGCGUGAUAUGAUGCUGCUGUGCGGCACGUCCGACGAGCCGCCUCGCAACCCUGUGUGCCAUGGUCGGCAGGUGAAGAUGGCUGCUUCAAGCGUCGAAGGACCGCUUAGCAAAUGGACAAACGUCAUGAAAGGCUGGCAGUACCGCUGGUUUGUGCUAGACGACAACGCAGGACUGUUGUCCUACUACACCUCUAAAGAAAAUAUGGCCCGGGGAGCCCGGCGUGGCUGCGUGCGACUCCAGGGGGCAGUUAUAGGAAUCGACGAUGAAGACGACAGCACCUUCACGAUUCGCGUGGACCGCAAGAUCUUUCACUUCCAAGCGCGCGACGCAGAGGAGCGAGAGCGAUGGGUGCGUGCGUUGGAGGAUACGAUCCUGAGGCAUACGUUACAGCGGCAACCAAACACACGUCUGUGGGAUCAGACGGGCAUUGUGGCACCGACACAGCACAACUUUGACACCAAGCUCACCGAAGCAGACUCAUACCUGCAGCUUCUCAUCGAGCAAAUCAGGGACCUGGAGUACAGCAUCGACAAGGUCGCUGAUCCGCGCGAGAAAGUUCAGCUGUCCGGCAUCGGGAGCAAUGCCAACGCGCUUCUGGAAACGGUCAAGCACACCAUUGUACUGCUGCAGAUCGCUAAGAACACAGCUCAACCUGUGAAUGGAGUCUACCCUCAGCGCAGAGGAACCGAGGAUCGACCAGCCCCGCUAAGGACUCGAGAUGAGGGUGCAGCCACAGCGGGCGUCCCAGCCCAUGAGGCCCCCCGGGCCCUGAGCACCACAGGCCACGAGAGUGCUCCCCCAGACUCCAAAGUGCCACCUGUGUCUUACUCGAGCGACGACGAGGACGAGGAGUUCUUCUUCGACACCCAGGAAGAGACGGAACACGUGCCACCAGUGCCCCACCCUAUGCCUCAGCCACUUGCUGAUGCUCACACCACUGAGCCCACAAGUGACAAGACCGGCACUGAAGUUAUGAACUCAGCCUCUAGUUCUCAAGCUGCUGCAUCUGCCUACUCAAUCUACGAUGCUGCCUAUGAAGAUGAUGAUGAAGAUGAACUGGGUUCCCUGGAGGGCCAGAAGAGUGUCUUCUCGCAUCUCCUGUCCCAAGUUCGCAUUGGCAUGGACCUCACUAAAGUCACACUGCCAACAUUCAUUUUGGAGCGGCGGUCGCUAUUAGAAAUGUAUGCGGACUUCUUUGCCCAUCCAGACAUCUUUGCCAGCAUUGUGGACCGCGACGACCCCAAGGAGAGGAUGGUCGAGGUGGUGCGGUGGUACCUGUCUGCCUUCCAUGCCGGCCGCAAGAGCUCUGUCGCCAAAAAGCCCUACAACCCAAUCCUAGGGGAGGUCUUCCGCUGCUACUGGAAAGUCGGGGACAAGCCUGGGGGUGUUGUCAAAGAUGGUCCCGUGCCCUGGGCCACCGCAAAUGAUUUAACCUUCAUUGCGGAACAAGUCUCUCAUCACCCCCCGGUGUCAGCCUUCUACGCUGAGCACGCAGCCAAGGGCAUAGCGUGCUGUGCCCACAUCUGGACCAAGUCCAAGUACCUGGGCAUGAGCAUCGGCGUGCACAACGUGGGCCAGGGCUGCAUCAUGUUCCUCCGGUACGACGAGGAGUACGUGGUGACCUUCCCCAGCGGCUAUGGUCGCUCCAUCUUCACCGUGCCCUGGAUCGAGCUGGGUGGCAAGGUCGAGAUCACCUGCCACAAAACUGGCUACAACGCUGUCAUCGAUUUCCACACCAAGCCCAUGAUUGGUGGCAAGAAGCAUCAGCUCACAGCAGAGGUGUUCCCUCCCAAUGAGCGGAGGCCAUUCAUGACUGUUACGGGUGAAUGGAACGGUGUUAUGACUGCCAAAUACCCCAAUGGCGACCAAGCUGUGUUUGUGGAUACAACCACCUUGGCAACCACAAAGAAAAUAGUUCAACCAAUUCAGCAACAAGAGCCCUUUGAGUCACGCAGGUUAUGGAAGGAAGUGACGCUAGCCCUGAAAAACAAGGAUGUCAACAAGGCAACCAGCAGCAAAACGUUUCUCGAGGAGAAGCAGCGCAGGGAAGCCAGCGAGCGACUCCACAGCGGCCAGGCAUGGAAGCCAAGGCUAUUCCAUUUGGAAGGAGAGCACUGGACUUACGACCACUCACUCCAGAAGCGAAUGGGGAAGAAGAACUAAAGACUACCAUUGUCGUCGCCGUCCGAGCGUUGCCGCGGCUUGCCACCUCGCCGAGAUGCCACAUUUGGCGAGAGCCGGGCAGAGUACCACUACUCCCAACUACCAUUCUGCUGGCAGAGUGCUGCCAGCUUUUCACUAUGCAUUCCAACCGGAGUGCCUCUCAUUCAGGACUUGUGAGGUGCCAGCGUUUAGCUGCCCGCCCCGGGCCGUAGGUUUCCUCCCCCAGCUUGGCAGAUCCCCCCCGCGGAUGACGUAGGAGCCGGGACAGAGACUUGCCUGGCCCUCGAGGUUGCCGCGGAAGACGUGAAGCUGCCACAGUUUGACUCGCAAUGUACUCUACUAGUCGCGCGCCUGCAAUGGAAGGCUGCAAUGUGCUACCGACAUAUAUACAGUGCUCACCAGAGCUGGAACGGUGGAUAGGGACUCAACGGGUGAGGAGGGGCAACCGUAGCCCUCUCCGUGUCGAGCAAUAAAAAGCGUGGCCUUCUUCUUUAAGGUCACGCCCCCUGAUCAUCUCAUAAAA